AUGGAUCAGGCGCGUUUGAAGACUAUCGAGGAUAAUCCAAUCGAAGCAGGCCUUGAUAGUUUUCGCGAAAUUUUCCGCACGAUCUGUCAAGACCGGAGUCUUCCUGCUAUACCAGAAAGCCUCGAGAGUCUCCACGAAAACGACCUCCAAGACCUUGUCCUCGACCUUCUAUUAGAAUUGCAGAGGCUUCCCGUCGCACGUCUGCUCCCUUCCAGUGGCCGCAGCAACCAUCUCCGCACCGACAUAUUGAAACUUAGCCCCGCGAUCAUUUCGAACGAGUAUGAGAUCGACCGCAUCAAGCCUCUUCUCCAUGCCGUGGUCGCCGAGAACACAGUUGAUACGGUUAUUUGGAAUCAUGUCUAUGCAGCUCUCACUGAAUCUACACCCCCUCCCCAAACGAUCGCUUCCUCUCUCCCAGAAACCCCGGGGCUUCUCAGUCCAGCCCAAUUCUCGAACUUCUCUGAAUAUGAUCAAUAUAUGGAUGAAGUCCUGAAGGAAGAAUUGGGCGAAUUAUACGUCGGGCUUCCUAGAUUCUACGAGGCUUUCUUCGGUGCAGUUCCCGAACUUGAUCGAGCAUCCAAGGCCGUAUUCGCAAAGUGUCUUCAGGGCGACGAGCCGCUCUUCCGUGAAGGAUGGAGGGAUUGGCCGGCAGAUGCCGAACUAGAUGGGGUUUUAAGCUGGUUUUCGACCGUCAUUGGGAAGCUUGAGGACCUCGCGGACGAAUACAAGCCAACCACAACAUUACGGAGGAGGCCUCUGGCACAACCCAGCAGACCAAUUCGAGGGUCUACAACAGAACGCAAAUUGGACGUCGGAUUCAUUGCGGACCCCGACGCCCAGAAGGACUCUCGAUGCCAUUGGUCGCAGAUCCUGGUGCCAGGAGAAUUAAGGAGCAAUCCCUCCGCCGACACGGCUUUGGAGGCUUGGCUCGACCUCGGGAGAUCUGUUAGAGAGGUGCUGACUGCUCAGGAUAAUCGCCGCUUCGUUCUGGGCUUUACGCUUUGCGGAUCUCUAAUGAGGAUAUGGGAGUUUGAUCGUCUUGGAGGGACUGCCUCGGAGAGUUUCGAUAUCAACCAGGAUGGAGAACAAUUUGUGUAUGCGAUCCUCGGGUUUCUCUGGAUGAGUGAUCAACGUCUUGGAUUUGACCCUACAAUUAUCUCAUCGGGAGGGAGACGGUACAUCGAGAUCGCACGGAAUGGCCAGACGGAGCGACUCAUUCUUGACAGACUGAUCAAGCGAGCGUCUUGCGUGGCCGGUCGUGGAACAACAUGCUGGCAGGCCCAUCGAGAAGAAGAUGGUAUGCCCCUUGUCAUUAAGGACUUUUGGGAAUAUUCCGAGACGAAAAAGAAUCGAGUCCAUCAGCGCAUCGUCGUUCGUGAUUUUGGAAAGCCGAUCUACGAGGCAAGCUCCCGAGUUUCCCUCCUCUCCGCGCUGGAGGCAUGUAUCGAGGGGCAUGAGUCCCUACGCUCAAAGGCCGGCAUCCUCCACCGAGACAUCUCUAUCAACAACCUCAUGAUAAACGAGGACGAUGAAAACCCAUCUUGGCGUGGAUUUCUUAUUGACCUCGGCCUAGCUAUUCAUGAGCAACGCGAAGGUGUCUCAGGGGCAAGAGGGAGGGUCGGCACAAGGGUAUUUAUGGCUAUUGGGGUGCUUCUUGGUGAACGGCACUCUUUUAUGCAUGAUAUUGAAUCAUUCUUCUGGGUCUUAUUCUGGAUAUGUAUUCACUACGAUGGUCCUCACCGGGCCAGAGUCGUUCGACAUUUCGACGAGUGGCAUACUGCUGGCGCCGACCAGCUCGCAGACUUGAAGAAAGGAAAGAUUGGUCAUGAGGGUGACUUCAUCAGAUUCGCAAAGGAAAACUUCACACAAUAUUACCAGCCCCUGGUUCCUUGGGUCAAUAGAGUCCGGAAGAUAGUGUUUCCAAAUGGUGGAAGAUGGGAGAAAGAGGACGCCGCUUUGUAUUCUAGAUUCAGGAAAAUCCUUCGCGAUGCCCAGGAAGACCCAGAGGUUUCGCAAGUAUCAGAAUAA